AUGCCCGUCUCUCCAGGCAGCGUAUCUCCUCCUGCCUACUCGCGAGGACACGGCGAGCUCGCGCACAGCGCCCUUUCCUCCUUCAUCCCGCCUCUGUACGAUCCCAAACCCUCAUCCGUCUCGCCCUCAUCGUCCCUUCUUUCAUCGACAUACCAGGUGCCAGCACCCAGCCGCGAUAUCGACUCCCUGAUCAUCAAUACCACAGCCCCUGGCACCCAUCCGCCGCUCCAGGCAGCGCAUGCUCUUUGCUACCCAGCGAGCCUACGGCGGAGCCCCAAGGGCCUUUAUUGCCCCUUCGUCCACAACCUCGCUGUAGUGCAUACCAGAGAAACGCUCCUGGACUGGCCUAAUGUGGUGUCGACGCGACGAGCUCGAUCUCGAGCUCGAUCUCCUUCCUCUCUUCGGCCCAUCGACGCCCGCCGGCCGCUCCAGGCAGUAUAUGCUCUCCGCUACUCAGCGAGCCUACGACGAAGCCGCAAAGGGCCAUCGUCCUUCGUACGCAACUCGCUGUGCUGA